AGACUUUGUUUUCAGAAAGAGAGCAUUUGAGGACAAUUAAUACCGUCAUACAUCGGCACACAGCCACUUUUGAUGCUGUAAAUGACGCCAAAGGAAAGGAAAAAGCGGGUAGCUGCUUCGCUCCAGAAGCAGGCUGCCAAGAAGGAGAAGGGAGGACUAAACACUGUCGCACUUGUUUGCAUAAGUGCUGCUGUUGCAAUCAUCGCCUAUGUGACCUAUACAGAAUUCUACGCUUCUCGCCCAUUACUCAAGCUCCACCCUCGAAUAAUUGGACCUGCUGUGGAAAAUAAGAAAUGGGGUUCAUAUCGUUCUCACACUUACUUUGGCUUACGCACAAAAGAUCCGCGGUCACCACUUUUUGGAGUGAUGUGGUAUGAACAGCCCGAUGUUCUACAAAUGCCUCAUAUGCGGCAUUGGUGCGACCAAGGUGACGAUCUGCAACAUUAUGGCUGGUAUGCAGCUGAUGGUCGCACUUUUGGCCGCCAGAAUGUCACUGAACAUUAUGGAACAUUGAGUUUCGAUUGGAUCAAUCAUGGCGAAUCGUUUACGGCUAGAAUACGUACAGAUACUAGGACGAGAUACACGAUAAUAGUGUACUUAGUCGCUCAGGAUCGCCAAUCAAAAUUCCAUAUUGGACAUCACUUGUCUGACAUCAUAGCCGGUCGAAGCGAAUUGUUCGGUGAUGUGAGACUGGGCAUUCAUGUGAAGAAUGAAGAUCAAGUGUUACACUCACCUCUCGUUUGGGAUGGUGAAUUGCACUUGGAUCAUCUCAAUGAUCUCAUUUUCAUGAACACACGUGCGCUAGAAACGGAGCGUGGUCUCGUCUAUCAGUUACAACAACAGCAGCCAUUCAGUGAGGGUCAGUUUGUUGCUGUACAGCUCAAUUUAUGGACGAAAGCGGACAUACAAAUAACUUUUAGCACACCGCACCAUGGUGCACAAUUGGAAGAUUUCGAGAAGGAGUUAGUUAGAAGAGAAGAGGAUUUCAACAGCCGGUUUGAGAAGAGCUUCAAUCUUAUGGACAAGAACUUUACUGAUGUGGAACAGCGCAUGGCAAAAGUAGCGUUGUCAAAUAUGGUGGGAGGUAUAGGUUAUUGGCAUGGUUACAACCACGUCCUCAUGCCCGGCGCUACUAAAACAGUCUCAUAUGGUCCGCAUGAACUGUUCUCGGCUGUACCAUCGCGAUCCUAUUUUCCUAGGGGAUUCUUAUGGGAUGAGGGCUUCCACAAUAUCUUGAUUCGAAAAUUUGAUCCGGACUUGAGUUUGGAGAUGAUUGUCUCUUGGCUGAACACUAUGAGCGAAAGUGGUUGGAUCCCUCGUGAAAUGAUUCUAGGAGUGGAAGCCGAAGCAAGGGUACCAGCCGAGUAUAUCGUUCAAAAACCGAAUGUGGCAAAUCCUCCCAGCAUUUUUUAUGUCAUCGACCAGAUGCUUGAUGAUGAAGAACUCCUCAGAAGACAUGGUCCAAUCAUUGCUGGCUUGUAUCCAAGGCUUGAGCGUUGGUAUAAGUGGCUUCGCAAAAGCCAGGCAGGCAAGGAGAAAGGCACAUUUAGAUGGCGGGGGCGAAAUGCCACCACAGUCAAAGAGCUUAACCCAAAGACCAUGGCUUCAGGACUUGACGAUUAUCCCAGAGCAAGCCAUCCUUCAAAGGAAGAAUAUCAUCUUGAUCUCCGUUGUUGGAUGGCUCUUGGCAGCCGCGUAAUGAAUCGCCUAGCCCAUCUAUAUGAAGAAGGCAAGAAUAAGAACAAGUAUACUGCAGAGGCUUCACUUCUAGCGGAUUUCGAUGACCUCCUGCGUCUUCACUGGAGUGGAGAGAAAAACGCUUUCUUCGACUAUGGACGUCACAGUGACAGAGUCAGGCUUAUAAGAAAACCUGUCAAAGUGAAAGGACAACCAGACCAAUACAUUGUUGAAAGAUCUGUAGUUAAUAAACCACAAUUGGGCUUCGUAGAUGAUGUUUUUGGUUACAACAGCCUCUAUCCGCUUAUGCUUCGUUUGGUACCGCAUGACUCUCAACAAAUGGGCUAUAUACUGGAUAAGAUUGUUGACCCGCAGCUUCUAUGGACAGAUUAUGGACUUCGCUCACUUGCGCGGUCCUCACCUUAUUACGAUGCCAGGAAUACAGAGCAUGAUCCACCUUACUGGAGAGGUUAUAUCUGGAUAAACGUAAAUUACAUGGUACUAUCAGCGCUGAAACACUAUGGUUCACUUUCUGGGCCUCAUCAGGCCAAAGCACAAUCCAUAUUUGCGGAUCUCAAAAACAAUCUCGUACACAAUAUGGCCAAAGAGUUCAAUCGCACAGGCUAUAUUUGGGAGAACUAUGACGAUAAGACGGGCCAGGGGCGAGGUUCACAUCCCUUCAACGGCUGGAGCUCUUUGAUUUUGUUGAUCAUGAGUGAUCAUAUGGAAGUAUGAAUGACUUCGAUAGCAUUCCAGUGAAACACUAUAUUCCAUGUGGGUCUUUGUGGCAGAAUUUUUCAUUGCAACCAUAGGUAGAUACGGAUAGAAGCUAUUUAUUGUUCAUUCGUUUCUGUUUUCUAGAGGGUGUCAAUGUGAUAUUAUCUUCCUUGCUUGACAUCACAUUUUGUACCGGGUAUCGAGAGUAUUUCUGUGAAUAAAUCG